CUGUUCGGACUCUCUCGUGGACGUCCUUCCAGACAGUCCUAAAUAUCAUAACCUUGAAAGGAAGUUCCAUAGCCUGCUGCUGCUACUUCAGGGUGAGCGUGUCCAUGUCAAAGUACAAGACAUCUGGAAACAAAGCCUCAAAUGACAGUGGUAAAAGUGAGGAACGGGUGGGAAGAAGUUGUGUGCGUUAUAAAUGUGGCUUACUCAACACCAUACAAGAUGUCCUGCGACAAAGACCGAACUGGGUUGAAGUCAAAGAUGAUGGAGAGUGGGACUUUAACUGGUGUGAUGUGGGUUGGCUUAGAGAGAAUUUUGACUACACUUACAUGGAGGAACAUGUCAGAAUAAAUCACUUUCGCAACCAUUAUGAGCUGACCCGCAAAAACCUUAUGGUGAAAAACCUUAAAAGGUACCAGAAAAGUCUUGAAAAGGACGUUGGUCGUGUGGAAGCUUCUAAAUGUGACUUUUUCCCCUGCACCUUUGCUCUGCCCAGCGAGUAUCAUCUCUUUGUAGAGGAGUUCAAUCGAAGCCCGGGCAGCAUCUGGAUCAUGAAGCCAGUAGCAAAAUCCCAGGGCAAAGGGAUUUUCCUGUUCAGGAAACUGAAAGACAUUAUAGACUGGAAAAGGGAAAGCUAUCGCUCAGAAGAGCAGAAAGAUGCAGCACAUGUGGAAAACUACGUAGCACAGAGAUAUAUUGAGAACCCUUACCUGAUUAGUGGCAGGAAGUUUGAUCUGAGAGUUUAUGUUCUGGUCACAUCAUACAUUCCUUUAAAAGCAUGGUUAUACAGAGAUGGUUUUGCCCGCUUCUCAAGCACUCGCUUUUGCCUGAGCAGCAUCGACGACAAGUACAUGCACCUCACUAAUGUGUCUGUUCAAAAAACAGCUCCUGAGUAUGAUCCUGAAAAGGGAUGCAAAUGGCAGAUGCAACAGCUUCGAAGAUACCUGACUGCCAAGCAUGGAAGAGAGGUAGUUGAAACCCUCUUUAAAGAGAUGGAUAACAUCUUUAUCCGAAGCCUGCAGAGUGUCCAAAAGAUCAUUAUAAAUGACAAACACUGCUUUGAGCUCUAUGGUUACGACAUACUACUAGACCAGAACCUCAAACCGUGGUUAAUUGAGGUGAAUGCAUCUCCAUCACACACGCCCAGCAGUCAGGAGGAUUAUGGGAUGAAGUACAGACUGCUGGAGGACACUUUGAACGUUGUUGAUAUGGAGGGAAGGUUGACUGGCAAGGAGAAUAGAGUGGGAGGCUAUGAUCUCAUGUGGAACAAUGGGCCUGUCUAUAGAGAGGAUGUUGGCCUACAAACGUUUGGCAGUUCAUGUUUCGCUGCCAACACAUACUUGGGAUGUGUGAAUGACAGAGAAAAGCAGCUUCACCAACUUUUUAAACCAUUGCCAUUUCAGAAGAAGGCGUAAUUUUGUGUGGCUAUUCUUGCCAUUGGGGCAAAGGACACUGUUCAGUGGCCCAAAAUAAAUGUUUUCUUCAUGUAAAAACAGGAUGUUUCACUGAUGAACACAGAAUUCCAGAACAACACCAUGCAUACUUGUACUGAUCUCACAUUAUAUCCUUUUUCAAAGUCAAUUGUGUAUAUAUGUACAUUUAAAAAAUAUAUUCUUUAUUUCCACUAUUAUAUAUACCAAAAAAAACGUUUAAAAAUCCUCAAUGAGAGCAGUGUAUCGGAAUCAAAUUCCUUGUUACAAACUUGGCAAUGAAGCUGAUUCUGAUUUCAACCUUAGCUCAAUUCUGAAUGUGCAAUAAGUAGGAUGAUUUUACAGAGAGAAACGGGUUGUCAUAUAUUUUGUUUUAACAAAUAAAAAACUGAAA